GGGAAGAUUAAUUAUGUAUGAAAUUGAGAGAUCUUCCUUCGUAUUUGUUGUGCUGUCGGACGGUACAAGAUCAAAACCGGCACUGGUCAGAUAACCGUAAGCUACGAAAAUUUUGAGACUGAGGCCAAAGAAAUGAGCCCAUUCAGUAUAGACAUGAUCAUCUCUCACAGCGCUGGCAUCUGCUGGCUUCCAGGCGGAUCGACAUGUUGAAAACUGAUUGACUCCGCAUUGAACCAUUCUGGCAUAACCAUGUUCUGUUAUUCCGCUUCCACGACUGUCUGGCACCGCCAUCGUUGUUUCCAAGGGAUAUCUGUGCGUCAGAUGACCUCGGACGAAAGCUGUCCAGAUUGCUGGAAUGUUGCUCCACACUGUGGCUAGUUGGAAAAUUCCACGGAGGGACACCCAGAGGAGGCAACAUUCGACGCGGGGCCUGAAAGAAAAGAACCAAAGCGGAGUGGCAACUACUUACGACUAUUUGAUUGUUGGGGGAGGCCCUGGGGGUCUUACCCUUGCCAUGCGUCUUACAGAGGAUCCAAACAUUCGCGUUGCGGUAGUAGAGAAAGGAACUCUUUCCACAUCGUACCUCACAUACCAACUUGGGAACCUCGCGACCUCAACCUUUGUCGAUCCAACGAACCCGGCUUUGCUUCCAAGCAUCGACUACCUUGACAUCACAACGCCUAUCAAGGCGAAUGGUGAAAGCCAGCAUUAUCCACAAGGCAAAAUGCUCGGAGGUUCAAGUGCACGUGGGUUUGCUGCGUACACUCGAGGUACCAAGGGUACCUACCAAAAAUGGGCCGACACUGUUGGAGACCAGGCAUAUGCUUGGGAUAACUUCCUGCCUUAUCUUCAGAAAUCUGUCAAGUUCACACCUCCUAAUGUUACGUCGAGGGGCGCCAAUACCAGCGAUAUUCAGUUUGAUCUCAAUGCCUAUCAACCAACUGGUGGCCCGUUACAGGUCUCUUUCGCCAACUUCGCUUCCCCAUUAUCGACAUGGAUGAAGCUUGCGUGGCAGGCCCUCGGAGUCAAGCCAGCCAACGGCUUCUCAAGCGGUACACUCAGCGGGGUCCAAUAUGUGACUUUAAAUGUCAACCCUACAGACAUGCACAGAUCCGAUGCCGCCUCAUCUAUGUUUGCAGCCGCCCGGAAUCGAACCAACCUCGUUAUAUUCGCGAAUACUCAAGCAUUGCAGAUCAUGUUUAAUGAUAACAAGGCGGCCACUGGCAUCAUGGCGAAUGAUCUCAACAACAAGACCUUUCCUUUGAUGGCCGCUCGUGAAGUUGUUUCAUGUGCAGGCGUGUUCCGAUCACCGCAGCUGCUUAUGGUUUCUGGGGUUGGUCCCGCAAACCUUCUGCAGAACUGGAGCAUACUAGUUGUCGCCGAUCGCCCUGGUGUGGGGCAAAACCUUCAAGAUCAGUCCUUCGUCGGCAUCACUUACGAGGUCAACUUCAAUACUACGAGCCAAAUCUUCAAUUCCCAAUUUUCCGAUUUCGUGAACAACACUUUGUUCCCUCAGGGCCAAGGUGUUCUCACAGAUGCCCUCGAUCUCGCCGUUUUUGAAAAUGUUCCUCCUGAACUGAACAACACCCUUUCCGCGAGUACCCGCCAAGCUCUAGCUGAGCUGCCAGCAGACUGGCCGGUCUACCAAUACCUCCCUGUUAACAGCGAUCUGCUCAUUUUCCGUACCAUCGAAUCAAAACCACCGACAAACGACACUCUUUCUCCCAACUACGGUUCAUUGGCGUGUUCUAUUUCUGCUCCCUUUUCUCGCGGCACCGUUGGACUCCGCUCCUCAAGCAAUAUGGAUCCGCCUGUUGUGGAUAUCGGCUAUCUCAAUGACCCACGAGACAUCGAGCUUCUUACAGUAGCCUUCAAACGCGGCCGUCAAAGCUGGACAACGCCAGCGAUGAAACCAGCCUUGAUUGGGAAAGAGUAUUGGCCUGGAUAUGAUUUGGUUCCAGAUGACGAUGACCAGAAGAUUCGACAACAUGUUAUCGACCAAGUCAUGCCGAUUUGGGAAGCAAGCGCCACUUGCGCGAUGGGGAGGAGCAAUGAUACGCGUGCUGUUGUCGAUUCGAAAGCUCGUGUGAUCGGUGUCUCGAAUUUGAGGGUCGUAGAUGCAAGUGCUCUCCCUUUUUCACCGCCGGGACAUCCUGCGUCCAGUGUGUUUGGGCUUGCUGAGAUGGUUGCGGAUAUGAUGAAGCAGGAGUUUGCUGCUGGCAAGUGAGCGUUGCUUCGAAAUGCCAGGCGUUAAAUCGGCUGUGGGGAAUUUACUCUGAUGUUAUAUUUGUACUUCCUGUCGGCUGGACCUGUUGUCAGUUGUUUAAAUUCUUCGUCCAAGCUUCUCAGCCGGUCUUGCGUUCAUGAACUUAUUGUACAUAAUUAUACCUCUGAGUUUCGAUCCAUUUCAAAUUACUACUUACCUCACCAUCCAAGUUCAAAGCACUGCAAGGGAGGAAACCCGUCAAGUGCGCAGAGAACGCGAG